AAAUUAUUACUGGUGCGGUGAGACAUUAGACUUGAAUACAUAUAAUUACACGGUAUCGCUGUUACUAUUUUCCAAGUUAAUUACAUAUGGAAAUAGUUGUUUAAAUCAUUCUUGGUGAUAAGGUGAACAGAAACAAGGAGCGCGUGUUUGAAAUAAAUUGCGACCAGGUAGCAGGAAGCAAGACAACCACGUGAUCUAAUAGGUUUCACGUGGUUGUCGGUCAGGUGACUUGACACGAUGCGUUGCCGUCAGAAACCCUUAACUAAUUGUCUCCUAAAGACCAAAUGAUUAACAGUUUGUCUGACACCUAUCCGAAAUGACGUUUGCGCACAGUUCACGAGACGCCGUCGGUUGCAUAAUAGAGCCGAUGAUCAAGCAACAAGUGUGACAGGAUGUGCUAGAAGAGAAUCUAACUGGCUAGCCACGAGGAAAACAGGAAAACCAUGACCGGGCUGAACUUCAAGAGACUACUGAAGAACAGAGUUCCUAUUUUAAAAUGGCUACCCUUGUACAGGACAAACGAUGCGUUUGGUGACCUAGUUGCUGGUUUCACAGUGGGCUUGACCUUAAUACCACAGGCGAUAGCGUACGCUGGAUUAGCGGGUCUAACGCCGCAGUAUGGUCUUUAUAGCGCAUUCGCCGGUAGCUUCGUGUACAUCAUUUUUGGUACCUGUCGAGAAGUGAAUAUCGGUCCAACAGCAUUGAUCUCCUUGUUGACGUAUACGUAUGCCAGAGGUAUUCCGGAGUACGCCAUUCUUCUGUGCUUUUUGUCAGGAUGCGUUACGAUCGUUCUUGGAAUCCUUCGGCUGGGUUUUCUGGUCGAGUUCGUUUCCAUACCGGUUGUCAGUGGAUUCACUUCAGCGGCCAGCGUCAUAAUUGCCUGCAGUCAGAUCAAGAAUUUGCUCGGUUUAAAAAUUCACGGGGAAAGUUUCAUCGAAAUCUGGAGGGUGUUAGCGGGCAGCAUAGGUCAGACCAGGAUACCUGACCUGAUCCUGUCCAGCUGUUGCAUUCUAACACUGUUGACCCUGAAGAAAGUGAAAGACCUGAAGGUCUCGAAUGAAAUUUUAGGAAAAUCGAUCUGGUUCCUAGGAACUGGUAGAAACGCUUUGGUCGUGAUCUUGUGCGCAGUGGUGUCCUACGUCUACGAGGGUUACUACGGUGGGGCACCGUUUAUCCUAACAGGGCACAUCGACUCGGGGCUACCUUCCAUCGCGCCGCCAUCCUUCACCAGAACCGUCGCCAAUCAAACUGAAACCUUCUUCGACAUUUGUAAAGAUUUGGGCAGCGGUAUAGUGAUCGUUCCUUUGAUCUCGAUCAUUGGAAACGUGGCGAUCGCGAAAGCGUUCUCGCGAGGACAGUCACUGGAUGCUACUCAAGAAAUGUUGACCCUUGGUUUGUGCAACAUCGUCGGUUCGUUCUUUCAAUCGAUGCCGGUUACCGGUUCUUUCUCCAGGAGCGCCGUGAAUAACGCCUCUGGUGUGAGGACACCAUUGGGUGGCAUAUACACCGGUGUUUUAGUCGUUCUAGCUCUAAGUCUACUCACUCCGUACUUCUAUUACAUCCCAAGAGCGACUCUGAGCUCGGUGAUCGUUUGCGCGGUGAUAUUCAUGGUCGAGGUGCAAAUACUUCGGCCGAUUUGGAAGUGUAGCAAACGAGAUUUAAUCCCGACCUUCGCAACAUUCUUCGCAUGCUUGUUCGCCGGUGUUGAGAUAGGGAUUUUAAUAGGCGUGACGAUUGAUCUGGCAAUAUUAAUUUAUUUCAACGCCAGGCCGACAAUAUAUAUCGAAUACAGAAAUACGCCUACGUUAAGUUACAUCCUCGUGCAGCCCAGCGCCGGUUUGCUUUUCCCAGCAGUGGAGUACCUGAGGAUAUACUUGCUCGAGAACUUGGCCGCUGACCAGCAUAAAUUACAGAGAACCUUCAAGAACUCGAACGUGGUCGUGUUAGAUUGCAAACACAUCGAUAAAAUUGAUUACACCGCGGCUAAUGGACUGAAUAUGGUAAUGAGAGACUUUAAGGAGAAGAAUCAUAACCUGAUACUGUUACGACCUUCCAAGGAAGUUUUAAGGAGCAUCCAAUCGCUCUCUGAGGAAACGAUCAGAGUGGUCAAUACUGAUGCUGAAAUGAUAUCUGCUUUGAAAGAAUGGAACACGAUCAAACGAACUCGAGAAAUCGGUGCUGAACUAUUAGAUAUGUCGAAUGGAAAGCCUACCAGUGCUACCAAGAACGAGCAUACGAGUACGAAACUUUGAAAUCAUUGCAACAAGUUGAUCGAUGUAAAUUGGAAUUAGAAGAAAGAAGAGUAUUAAAAAUUCCUGCUAGUUCAUCGUUUGCAGUUCUCUUUUUAAUUGUAUAGUGGAAAUCGAGUUAUAAGACUAUCAACGAUAUCGUAUAAAAUCGUAAUGAAUAUUAACGUGUUAUUUAUGAUGUGUGUGUAUAUAUAUAUUUAUAUAUAUAAUAUAUGUAUUUGAAUUGUAUGAUAAUUCGUACGUUUCUGUAACUUUUUAUAAAGAUAUACGAAUCGAUCAGCAAUGAUAUAGUUCAUAAGAAAUUACUUGCUUUUUUUUUCUAUUUUAAAAAGACUAUUGACACGUGCAUUUCUUAAUAGAGAUGAAAGAAUAAUACUGUGGUUAUAAAUGCAUAUCAGAAUAUGUUGAGGGAUUAUAGUAUAAUGUAUAUAUAUAUAUAUAUAACAUCUACCAAUUACGGCAAGUUUACGUUUUAUUUUGUAAAAACUUGUAAGUCCUCGAAAAAUAAACUAUAUGAUAUUUCUUAACAAUAUAAGUAAUAUUUAAACAAAAAUAAAUCGUUACGCUCGAAUAUAUACGUUAUAUAAAAAUUCUUUGCCUCUAAAUGAAACAUAAACAAAUAAAAGGAAGAAAAUUGAACAAAUGUAAAGAAAAUCAUGUUAUCGACGUUAAGUCAUAAAAAUCAAAUGAUUCGACGCUAUGAAAUACUUAUACUUAACACGCAACAUUUUUUUUUUUCUCGUUUCAAUAAUUUUUUAAAGAAAAGGAAAAACGAAAGGAAAAUUUUCGUAACGCGAACUAAAUGCUAAGUGGUCGUAAUACUUUCGAUCAUAGGAACUUAAAAAAGUGUUCUCUCGAGAAUUUUUGCACUUAAAUAUCGUGCAUUGCCGUUUCGCGUUUCUUAAGCAUCGCGAAACACCUCGAAACGAGUACUCGAGUAUUCGUUAUUCAAAAAGUACAUAGAAUCCAAGUAACGAGUAACAUCGAUCUCUAUAGCAAUGUGGAUAUAAAUGUCUGAAGAAAAUCUAGAAAAUAGAUUCGCUACUUUCACACUGUUAUGAUAGGAAACCAGAAAAAGCUAAUUGUAAUAAUAUUUCCGACGAAUGGCAGUAUCGUAUAAAUUUUCUUUUACAUCUUUUUCAACUUUAGAAACUAUCUCUAGUAAUGUGAAACAUCUAACACGAUGUACAUGAUAUUUUUGUGUGUAUCUAUAUAUAAGUAGAUUCUAGAUUAAUUAAACAGAAAGAAAACUAAAUACCUGAAUUAAUUCUGCAAUAUACGUACAUAUAUAAAGAUUAACGAUGAUUAUACAAACGGAUGAAUAAUUGUAAGUGUAACGGUUUUUGUACCACUGAAUUGCAAUGAUCUAUAAAAAACAACAAAUAUAGAUAUAGCUUCGUCGCUAUUUUACGCUUA